AUGUGGAAUCGAUAUGUAGUCAGAAACUUAGUACGAUGUGGUGGUGGUAGUGGAAUGUUAACGGCUGCUACUUUGGCAGGAUUCGCCAAUUAUGAUGAAAAUUCUGGCGCAGUACGAUCAGUAAAACACUCAGAUAUGGGAAAAUGGCGUGUCGAAGGACCCAUCAAAGAUCCUACCGAUGGAGCACUGAUUGCUAAACGGGUUGUGAGUGACUAUGAUCAUACUAAUCUGAAAUUAAGGCUUUAUCAAUAUGAAGCCUGUCCAUUUUGUUGCAAAGUUCGUGCUUUUUUGAAUUACUAUGGUUUUUCGUACGAUGUGAUUGAAGUCAGUCCUCUAACUCGAAAAGAGAUCAGGAAGUUAGAUGGCGUUAGCAAGCUACCAACUGUAAUUGCACAAACGGGUCGGAAGUUGAGUGAUUCUUCACUGAUAAUAUCAAUUUUAACAAGUUAUAUGACUCGAAAUGAUCGAAGUCUGGAUGACAUAAUUGAAUUUUAUCCAGAACAAAAGAAUAUUAUAAAAGAAACAGGAAAACAAGUGGUUACGCAUCCUGAUAUGUACAAAAUUAUGACGUCUUUGAACAGCUUGUCGAAAAUGGAACAAGAAAGUGCGAGGAAGGAAGAGGAAUGGCGCAAAUGGGUUGAUGAACAUUUCAUUCCUUUGAUAGUACCGAAUGUGUAUCGUUCAUGGAAUGAAUGCAUUGAAACAUUCCGUUGGUUUAGUGAAGCGGGCCAAUGGGACAAAGUGGUACCUGCUUGGGAAAGAUAUGCCACUAUUUACCUUGGUUCAGUCGCUAUGUAUUUCCUUUCGAAAAAACUUCGGAAGAAGUAUGAUGGGGCUGAUGUCCGUCAGCUUCUAAUAAAUGCUUGUAAUCAUUGGAUGAGUGCUGUGGGAAGUUCAUCGUUCCUGGGUGGUCAACAGCCCACUCUGGCAGAUUUGGCACUCUACGGUGCAAUAAAUUCGUUUCUGGGAAGUUCAACAUUUAAUGAACUCUGUGAUAAAACUCAAAUUAAAGCAUGGUUUGAACGGAUGCGCGAAGCAGUUGAUUCGAGAGCUGGAGCAGCUCUACUCCAGAAAAGUUGUUGCAAGAGAAUGCAACCAUAA